CUCAAAGUGGACGAGCGCGGCGCCCCAGACAGUUGGAAGCUAGCAGACAUUGCCUUACCCGGUAACGUCAUACGUUAACGUGGCUCAACGGUGGGUCUAACGGAGAUGGACGACGAGCUGGAAAACUUCAUCAGGGAGCGCAAGGCGAGAAUGGCCGAGGAUAAAGCCAGUUUGGAACACAACCCUCCGUACAUGGAAAUACAGGCAAAACCCCACAGGGCCUACGAUUCCACUGCUAAGGAGAACAUCCCUCCGAGGUCUAUAGUGCAGGAGAAAGAGGACCGCUGCAGCGUGGGUCUGCCCCUCGGCAUCGAGUACGAGCGGAAGAAACAGAGGCUGCAGCACGAGCUCCGCAUGGACUACCGGCGCUACAUGGCUCAGAAAAAACACUUUGACCAUGCAGAGCCCGGGCCACUAAGUCGCCUCAAUAACAGGAGAUCCAUCAAGCAACACCUGCUUGAAAGCCAGGCAGCCGUUCUCCCCAAACAGCGGCCGCCCUUCCGCAGCGACGCAGCCCCUCUCACAGAGGACAGCAGGGGGUCGCGACCUCCGCGCCUCGCGGAGGUCGCGACCCCCUGCCCCGAGGCAGACGAGGAGCAGUCGUCGGUACUUCCCAGGCAUUGUGACCGGCUGGGGAAGCCUUUGGACCGGGACUCCGAAGAGGAGGAGGAGGAGGAGGAAUACUUCAAGGAGCUGGACCUGGUGGAAGGAAGAAGGCGCCUGCAUAUCGGGGUCGAGGCCAGUUAUGAGAAAAGACGAGACUAUAAGACUGAUGGAAGGGAGAAGAGGGAGACUCUAGGAGGCAAGGGCUCGAGAGCACUGACCAGGAACGAGGAUGUGGAGUUUGCCACUGGCCUUAAAAUAGGGGCAGCCGAUGCAGAGGAUGCCUUGCAGCGGAGGAAUGAGCGCUACAGACAGGAGCUGCAGGAGCAGAUAGCAGAACAGCACAGGAACAAGAGGAGGGAGAAAGAUUUGGAGCUGAAAGUCGCUGCGAGGGGGGCCAAUGAUCCUGAGAGACCGCCGGACCGAAUCAGACAGUUUGGACGGUGCAGAAGAGGAGCUCAUCGGGCGUUGGAGCCGUCGGCAACAGGAGACGGCGAGACCUCGUCCAGAGGCUUCCCCAACAACGUGAAGAUGGGUGUCCGAGACGGAGAGACUCCCCUCCCUCCUCCCGAGCUGCCCCAUGUUGCCUUCCAGUCCCCGCUGCUGGAGUACAGCGCCGCCCUGGGCAUUGGGGGAGGAGGCCUGUCGCCCAACCGCCACCCUGCUGCCCCCUCCUUCUCCAGGGCCACGGACACGCCCAGAAUCUCAGCGUUUCCUCCUCUUCAUCCUCCGUCCGCCCCCAGUGAAGCCUACAGGAGCCCGUAUGCAGAGCCCCAUCACUCCUAUGGCACCAGAACCCUGCUGGACCCCAACGUGGCCUACUAUGGUCAAUUGUCUGUCCCUCCCGUGUCCUACUGGAGCGUACCAGCAGGGGGCGCUCCCGCCAGUCGCUAUGGAAACCACAGCCCUCACAGCCAGCACAGUGGCAGCAGCUUCCCUGAGCCGCCAAUACAGCCGAGCAGUGAGGCUGCCUCUGUGGACCCGCACGUCAGGGCUUUCCCCUCGGACGGAUCCAGAUCGCCCCGGGACCGGAUUCUCAGCUACAGGGAGGCUUUGAAGCAGCAGUCUGUGAUAUGUCGGCAGGAAGCUUCCAGCAGAGGGAACGGCGAGCUUUACAACAAGAUCCAGCAGCAGCAGGAACGGAGGCGCUUGGAGCGGGAGGAGGAGGAGCGCUACGAGGCCCGGCUGGAGGCCGACAUGAAGAACUACCAGCCGUGGGGUCGGGGGGGAGGAGGAGCUCCCCUCAGAGACGGCACUGGAAACCUGAUUGCUGACCUCCACCAGAUGCACAAGCUGAACGAGGAGGCCUACAUCAACCCGGAGCAGUGGCAGAGGAGAGCCGCCGCCGCCGCCGCGGCCCGCAGCGCUGAGCCCCCCGACCCCAACGAGAGGGUCUCCGGUGCCGUAGCAGAGUGCAGCAGCCAUGACGCUAGUGACCGGCGCUCUGGAUUCACUCAUGGCCAAACCUCGCAGUUCGCCCGAGGCAGUGUGUUUUCCAACCAGCCCACACAACGACAGCUCCACGAGCAGGACGAGUACAAAGCGUACCUCAAACAGCAGAUUGACGAGAAAAUGCUCAAAAAGGCGGAGGAGAGGGAACAGACUCGACUGGAGGAGGAGAAAGAGGAGAAGAGGCUGGUGGAGCAGAGGGCUCGCAUCCAGAGGGAGUAUGAUGACGAGCAGGAGAGGAAGAACCGGAAGGAAACGGAGCAAAGGGCCAAGAAUUCGGAGCUGAUUCAACUGGCCGAACGGAAGAAGAAGGAAGUGGAGAGGAAGAAGACUGAGGCGGAGGAGGAGAAGGCGGCGCUGAGGCGGCAGUAUGAGAUGGAGAGGCAGGCUCGGGUGGAGGAGGUGUGCAGGGAGCCCUCGCCUCCCAUCCCCGCCCUGCAGAAGAGAAAUGGGGGGCUGCACCAGUACACCCCCAGACCCCCGACUGUCGAGAGCCGGUGCUCAACCGCCCCGCUGUCUGAGCGCUCUUUGUCCGGUCUCCAGUCCCCUCCCGUCCCGGCUCGCAGGAACCAGCUCCGAGCUGCAGGUGACCAGCGCGACGUGUUCAGCGAGCUGUCGGCGCUGCGUCGGCACCUUCGCAGCGAAGAGAAGCGCCUGGAGGGUCGUCUACGGCAGGUCGACUGGGAGGGGUUAGCCUCUCCUUUGAGUGACAGACGUCGGGAGCGCCCCCAGGUGGACGUGUUCGACAUGGCCAGGCUGCGGCUCCAGGCUCCGGUCCGACGGCCGACCUCCAGAAACACGGAGCCCAGGAAUCUGCUGCGGACCCACGACGAAGUGGGCGUGACCGGCAGCCGGAGGUGGGACUACGGGGACCAGCAGUUCAGCAGCCGCGGGUCGACAGUCCAGGAUGAUUAUUUGGACCUGUCCCCGCCCCGGCAAACUGAUUAUCUGACGAGUGUGAUGGGGAGGUCUGCCACAGGUUCUCUGCUGGAGUCAGAGAGCGCUUUCAUUGACCCUCUAGGCGAGGCCUUUCCGGUGCGGCGCACCCCAGAGCCGGAAGACGCCCCCGUGCUGUCGGCCAGGGAGAGGAGGAGGCUGUCCAAACGGCCGCAGCACCCUCAGGGUCGAGACGCUUCCAGUCGGCCCUUCGGCCAACAGGACGACUAUGCCUACCUCGCAGGGGACGGGCAGGAGGCGGGGCACGGCGGCGAGAGGGCGAGCCGGGACAGGUCGGGGCAUCCGAUGUCCCUCAGUCGCCAUAGCAACGCAGCCGGAUCAGUGGCUCUGUCCUCCGUAGGCUCCUCCCCUCCCCGCUUCUCUCUGCACGGUCUCAGCCAGCGAGGCUCCGUGGAAACGCUCGCCACGGAUCCCUGGAUGCGGCCGGGAACGACGGACACGCCGACGUGUUCGGACCGCCGGCCGUCGAGGAGGGAGCGGCUAACGGUCCGUGUACGUAAUGUUAUUUCGUUUUUUCGUUUCAUUCCAAAUACGGAAUACGGAAAUCACGUGGUUUUUUCGUUUUCCGUUUGAAAACCAAAAACGGAAAAACGGAAUACCACCUCCGUAUUUCGUUUCUGCUGUCUGAAACCAAAAACGACAGAACGGAAGUGCUUAAAAUGAAGUCAAAAUAAAAGCCAGUGAUACAUAUUCGUAUUAUGAAUCAAUAUAAAGAAUAAAUAAUUAAACGGGGAUAUUUUAACGAUG